AUGCAAAACAUCGCGAUCUGCACAGCACUACUGUGCCUUCUCUCUUCUGUAAGUUCUCGUUCACUUGAAGAUCAUCCAAGGUACACGGCUGCUCAGUUGACUGAUGAAUAUAAACACAUUCUUGACGGAAGAAUAAAACUGGAGGAUAGUCACGUCAUCUCUCGAGACAUCACAGUUGAUGACUGUGGGAAAAGAGGGGACUAUGAAUAUCUAUCCGACAAACUGGAGGCAUUGAUUCCAAAUCUUAGCCACGUAGACCUUUCUCUGAAAUUCGCCUAUCCAGUUCCUUUCACUAACCACACAAUUCAAUUUUCGGUCGAUGAGGUUCUUACCCAUUUGAAUGGAGAAAAAGAAUCAGGAGAGAAAGUUUACUUUGCCAGAAUGAAUAAUGAAAGCGAUGAGUACAAAAUCUAUGAUAUUCGUGCUGUUCCGUGCUAUUCAUAA